GAGGAGAGAGAUGGAGUGGCGUCAGCAGACCAGUGUCAGCUGUGCACACGCGUUCAACGAGGCCCAGCGCUGGAUCCAGGUGGUGACUGGAAAGUUGUUUGGUUGCAGUGACUUCCGAGCUGCCUUGGAGAAUGGAGUCCUGCUCUGCGAUUUGAUCAACCAGUUGAAACCCGGCAUCAUUAAAAGAGUAAACAGGCUGUCUACUCCCAUCGCUGGCCUGGACAAUGUGAACGUGUUCCUGAAAGCCUGCGGGAAACUGGGACUGAACGAGUCCCAGCUGUUUCAUCCAGGAGACCUGCAAGACCUGUCCACUCGCGUCACUCUCAGACGCGAUGAAAGCAGCAGAAGACUGAAAAAUGUUCUGAUCACCAUCUACUGGUUGGGCCGCAAAGCUCACCUGGACGCGUUCUACAGUGGACCUCAGCUCAACUUCAAGGCCUUUGAAGGACUCUUAGGUUUGGCCUUGUCCAAGUCCCUAGACGAGGGCAGUAACGUGAUUGUGAGAGACGGCGGGUACAGGGAGGGCUGGUACCCGGAGAGGGAGGAACGUCAGCCUAUGAGACGGAGCUAUAAGAGGGAGAACUCUGUGGACUGUGUUGAUUCUCCGGACUCCCGGGCCCUCCGCCCAAACAGUGAAGGUUGUGGAAGUGAUGCAGAAGCUGAGCAGGUCUUCAGAAUGGAGACCUCACAGCCCCCAGUCCAUCAGACUAAAGGUCAGAUCCCAACACCACUUCUACGGAGAAAACAAAGACGAGAGGAAGAGGACAGCGACGGUCCACUCACCAGAGCAUAUCACAACCAGGUCAGGCCUGAGACCCCCGUUCAGGUCAACCCUGGCUGGAUUUGGAGUAAAUCUCUCAGCGACAUCCCGAUGUUCUACCCUGUGCGUAAACUUCCCAAGCAGAACCCCAGUCACGAUGGGGGUCGGGACGCUGACACGGCAGAGGAGUGGCAGCAAGAAGACGGCAAGGAGACCGACGCUCAGUGGCAGGAUGACUUGACAAAGUGGAAGAAUCGCCGCCGGAGCUCCAACACUGACCACCGCAGGAAGUCGCUGGACAGAGAGCAUGUGAUCAAUGCGUGCUCUCUGUCCAUGACUAAUGGGGCUGUGAGCCACUUUAAGAGAGACCAGCCGCCGCCGCGCAGGUGUAACCCCGCCCCCUGUCUCCACUCCACCGCUCCUCUGUCCAAAUCAUCCAGCUCUGAUCUCCGGCCACAUACUCGAGCUCUGCUGUCCCGCGGCUACGCCACUGAGGCACCUCACAGCCCCAGGGUGACACUCGUCACCUACAACUCAGCCCAUACACAGGGAUCACUGGUUGGCGCCAUGCCUGCCUCCGAUGGGACCAUCCUGGGAGAGGAGACCCACUUCCCCUCCCUGGCUUCAGAGGGAGCCGGAGCCACCACACCCUCGGUAGACUUCCCUUUCAGCUCUCAGACUCAAGUCAAAGCUCAGGGCAGACCAGCUCCGCCCCAGCCCACAUCUGAACCGGCUCAGCCCCAGAAUGUUCCUGUAAAUAAAAUCUCCACUCUGGUCACAACCUUGCAGCCAAAGGAGGCCACAAAAUCCACCUGCACGGCAUCUACGUUGAAUCACAAGGAGCUUCCACCCUGCAUCGAUCCAGCAGUUCCCACCUUUUGUCCUGCUCCAGUGAAUCAGACGUCUCUGGAGGACACGUCCCAGGAAGAGAGCCUUAAGAAGACUAGGGAGCCAGCUGGGAAAAAAGCAGCUAACUACAAGUACUUGUCCAGAACGGUGUCGUGGUCCGGCUCGGCCAGCCUUCCCCGUGGUUACCGGCGGUCCGAGGGCUCGUCCCGUCUCUCUUCUGCGCUCACAGCGAGACCCUUUGGGACCAAGCAGUCCAGGAUGUCGUCGCUGCCGAGACUGUGCACGGUAGACUGCAGCGGUUUGCAGUUGAACAGUGAGAAAGAAAAAUGUCUUUAUCCACCCACAAAAUCUUCUCUUAAAAGACAGACUGCAGCCAGUCAACUGAGGACUUCACUCAGACUGAAGAAAACCAGCCAGAUGAAUCAGAGUGGCACAGAUCAGGUGGUGGUGGAGGAGGAGGAGGGAGCGGGGGGGUCCAUUCUCUCCACUCAGUCCUCCCUCAAGACCAACGGGUUUCACCAGCAGCCCUGCACCCAGACCCAGCCACUACCUUAUUCAUCCCUGCAGGCCCAACACUACAGCAGUUCCACUCUGCCGACAACUACCAAGGUGGAUCACAGUAACAUGAGAGUGAGCCUUACCCUUAAACCCAAAAGCGUACCAGACUUCGGUUUGCAGACUCACUGGGACUCGACAGGAGCGAGAGUAAAGUUCAUCCAGCCCGGCAGUCCAGCCGAGCUCUGCCAGCUGCGUGUGGAUGAUGAGAUUGUGGCUGUUGAUGGAGUGGCGGUGGCACACAUGAACUACAACCAGUGGAAGGAUAAACUGACAUCUGCCAUGCAGGCCGGCAAUCUGAGCAUGGACAUUAGACGCUAUGGCAACAAGGAUUGGAGCUCCAGUGAGGGGAGUCAUCCAAACCAGCCGGGCAAGAGCACGAUGACCCUCAAUCUGACGGCCGCGGCGCCCGGUCUUAUGGGCUGUCCCGAUCACCAUGCCAACCGCACUGCCUCUACAGAAACCGCAGCAUUGAAAUUCAACGGGCACACAGACAAUGUUGACCAUGGUAAAGUCUUGGAUGGAGGGUCUGCUGAAGGCCACAGGACGGCCAAAAGUAAAGACGUUAAUAAAAUGAUUAGGAACAAUCAGAAAAGGAGGGCAGAGUUUUUCAAACCGAGAGGAGGUUCCGAAUCUGCGAUAUCUGAUCUCCAGGUGCCGUCCCUCAGCCCCCCCUCAUCCAGCUGGUCGUGGGACCCGGAGGACGAUCGGAGGAGACAGGAGAAGUGGCAGGAAGAGCAGGAGCGCCUCCUACAGGAGCAAUACCAGCGGGACUCUGAGAGACUGGAGGCAGAGUGGCGCCGGGCACAACAAGAUGCAGACUUGUGCAGGAAGUCGGUGCAGACCACCUUCCAGAUGACCAAUGGCGGUGCCGGCCCUGCCAGAACGCAGCUCCAUGUGAAUGCACUGUCACACAAAGCUGCAGGAGAGGAGCAGAGGCCUGACAGAGACGAGCCGAACGAGUCGGGACGGAAACCUCAGAGUGAUGCACACGGACAGCAGAGUGAAGCCAGCGCUGAACAAGACUGGGCCGUGGAAUCCUGUGGCUUUGCUCAGCUGUCUACUGCACACAGGGCGAAGUCCUUGUCUUCCCCGGCAUUGGCUGGCUCCCACAAACAGAUACGAGGUGAUCAGAGGAAAAGAAAAGAACCGUCCCUGUCUAAGAAUGAGCAAGACAGGCAGCAGAUUUUGGAGGAGAUGAAGAAAAGGACUCAGCUCCUGACCGACAACAGCUGGAUACGUCAGCGCAGAAGCAGCUUUACCAAGGAGCCAGUCCACGGCAUCGAUCCUCUGAAGAGGUACGAGUCUCUGGACGACCUGGACUCUUUGCGUCAUCCCCCAGUAUCGUCCGCCACAUUCGGUUUCCCUCGCCCACACUCCGCUGCAGGUUCCUGCGCUCCGAGCAGAAACUGCUCCUCCCGCUACAGCACCGGAGCCAUUUUAUCCACGAAAUGUGUAUCCAUGGACCCAGCUCAUCACGGCAGUGUGUGGGCUGCGGCCGAUGUUUCGGAGGAACUGAAACUGGAGUCCAGGUUCGAACCUGCAGCUGUAAGCCCCACUGUGAGCUAUGACCAAGUCCAGUACGCUGGUUCCUCCUUCAUGUGACCGACAUGCAGGGCUCCGGAUCACAGAGUGAGCAGCCGAAUAUAAACUGUGGAGGCGGGGUGGAAACUGUCCACACAACCAAGCCGUGACCUUUGUCUCCUACAGUAACUGUUGGUGAAACUAAAAACUCUGUGGUUUAAGAUCUUGACAUUCUGUGGAUUCACAAGCAAAGAUUCUGAAUUGUUGCUUUUUUAAUCAAAUGUGCUACUUCCUGUCUCUUUUUGUGCUAAUUUAUUUCCCAGAAAAUGUAGAUUAAUAUAUGAAAUAAAGUAGCAAAGAGAUUUAUUAUUAUUGUAAUUCGUGUUUGGUUAAUGCUUUUAUUGUCGUGUUAGUGAUUCUGUUCAUUAAAUCUUUGUGCUGUCUUGGAUCUGAGCCUGUUAGUGUUAAAUACAGAUAUUUCUUGUUGAUGUACGGUGGCACAUUCUAAACACUGUUCUGUUGAAAUCUCACCAUGUGCACUUUGGGGUGAAUAAAUCAGUGGUUUACAUAUAACACAUGUAUUUCUCACAUGAAAAUGGGUGUCUUAACUGAAAUUAUUUUGUAAAUAAAGUGCACUGAACAUUA